AUGGCCAGGACCGGUUUCUCCGACUCUAAGCCUCUGCUGGACUUACACAAGAAGGUGGAUGAGAGGCGAGCCCCAUUAAGAACUUGGGCUAAUGCCUGUGGGCCAAUAGAUCGCUGGCAGCCUGUAGAUGUAGACGAGUCCAGGAUGGCCCCGGUCAAACUGGAGCCAGAACGCAGAUGGGAGAGGAGGUUAUCGUUGCAAACCAAAGAAGGCAUCAUCAUGGGUUUCCAUGAAGACAGUCGGGCACAUUCAGCUGGUAGUGUAAUUGCAGAUGGGUGUGUGGAGGAGCCUGUGCUUCUUUACCCUCAUGGAUUGCAGGGUCUUCACAGCCUGCAGGCGCUGGUGCCCAGCUUGUUGCGCCAUGAAGUAGAGAUGGCACUGGAGAAACUGGGCCUCAUAUGGGACCGGACAUAUGCUUGGGACGUGUUCUUGGACAUGAUGAGAACUCAAACAUGGAACGCUCUACCCACCGCUGACCUGCCCCGGCACUUCACAGAUGCCACUCGAGCUGUCCUGGUAGACUGGCUCAUUCAAGUUCAUGAGACAAUGCAUUUCCAGGAAGAGACCCUCUAUCUGGCCAUACACCUCCUCAACUGCUCCUUGCGUCAGAUCAAAGUGACCACUGCCAAUCUGCAGCUCCUCGGCAUGGUUUGCCUCUUCCUUGCUGCAAAGAAAGAGGAGUGUCUCCUCCCUGAGGUGUCUGGACUCUGCUACUUGAUGGACCACACCUACACUAAGCAUCAGCUGCUGCGACUGGAACGCAAAGUCCUCUGUGGGCUGAAGUUUGAUUUGUCCUACUGUCCUCCUCUGCAUUUCCUUCUCCUUCUUGCCUCCAUUGCUCGCUGCAGUGCUAAGGUGGUGUGGAUGGCUCGUUAUCUGCUGGAGCUGUCUCUCUUGGAGGGCCAGUGUGUGGUGUUUCUGCCUGUGCACCUGGCAGGAGCAGCCCUCUGCUUGUCCCGCCAAGUCCUGCAGGAGCCCCCGACACCAGAGGGGGAGUCUGCCUGGUGUCUGGCCUCCAGUGUCCAUGUCGGCAGUGAGACUGCCCUGCUGAGGAUCAUUCACAUUCUGACCAAUGCUGCAGCCAAGGCCCACACCCGAGAGACCUGUGCUACUUUUAUUAAAUUCUCCUCCCCAGAGACUAUGCAUGUCAGCAGACACCCAGGUCUAAAGAAAAUCUCUGCUUUGCUGGGUAUAUGCACUUGA